AUGACGCUGGCGUCAAAGUGUUGUGCCGUGAAACCGCAGGUCUCAUCGAAGCAGGAUGCAAAUCGGUACUUUAUUGGGCUGCUCCUGGUGCUGUCCGGGGGUGGGCUCUGGUUGCGCCAGAGUGUGAAGCAUGAUGCCGGCACAGAAAAGUUGUCCCUAGAGCUGACCAACAUCCCGCAGGUGGCGCUCGACAAAGACGCAGAGCUGUCUAGGGCCCGCAAUCGUAACUGCUCGUACUGGGACUGCUUCAACGUAUACCGGUGCGGCCAACGGUCGGUCGUUGGUAUUGACGGCGAGCAGGAACACAUUCUGAUCUACGUGUAUCCGCUGAAGGAGUACAGCGAUGCGGACAGCAAGCGCCCGGCCCACCAGCUGUCGCGAGAAUUUUUCACGAUAGUAAAGACCGUCGUAAACAGCCCGUACUAUACCGCGAACCCGAACGAAGCGUGCCUAUUCCUACCCACGAUAGACACACUGAACCAGAACCGGAUGGACACCAAUCUGGUGGGCAAGGCCCUCGCAUCGCUGCCAUAUUGGGAAAAUGGUGAAAACCAUUUGCUCUUCAAUUUCUUGGCCGGUUCGAAACCGGACUAUAGUACGGUGCUGGACGUGAACACAGACCGUGCCAUGAUUCUUGGUGCCGGGUUCGACAGCUGGACGUACCGCCCGGACUUUGAUCUGCCCAUCCCGAUGUACAGCGCGACGUUCGAGCAUUACCGGCCCAAUCUGGCGAAGGAGCGCACAGUGUUGCUCGUCUCAUCACAGACAAACAUCCUCCCGCGACAUUAUCGCGUUCUGCAGCAACUUUCCUACGACUAUCCGAACGAGCUACUGUUGCUGCAACGCUGCCCAAGCUCUACGGUGAAAGUCGACGAAUCGAUCGACAUGAACUCGCCUGGUGAGCCGCGCAACAGUGACCGAUUGCCCGACAGUAAUCAAAUCGAUGUUCGGUGCAGCUUUCCACAAGGCAACGAAUACGAGUACCCGGUAGUGCUGGAAAGCGGUACCUUUUGUCUCGUUGUACGCGGCGUGAGACUUUCGCAGCCGACACUGAUGGAGGCGAUGGCAGCAGGCUGUAUUCCGGUAAUCGUGGCCGACAACCUGGUGCUCCCGUUCAGCAACAUCCUAGACUGGGAGCUACUAUCGAUCCGGGUUUACGAAAGUAACCUGCACGGGGUGAUGUCGGUGCUCAAAAGUGUAUCGGCCGAGCGGAUCCGUGAGAUGCGCUCGCAUGUGCGACAUGUGUGUGACCGCUACUUUGCGUCUCUCGAACGAAUCGUGCUGACCGCGCUAGAUCAGCUGAACGAUCGCGUAUUUCCGCACCUAAGCAAAACGUACAUGCACUGGAACAUCGCCCCACACCAGAAAACGACUCAAAAUCCCCUGUUUCUGCCGCUGAUAGCACCAAAGGCUCAGGGUUUCACCGCUGUCAUACUCACGUACGAUCGUAUAGAAAGCCUGUACAUUCUUAUUCAGAAGCUGGCCACCGUUUCGUCGUUGCAAAAAAUUUUGGUCGUGUGGAACAACCAGAGGAAAGCACCACCACAUCCGUCGCUGUUUCCGAAGAUUGGCAAACCGCUGAAGGUUAUCCAGACGGUCGCCAACAAGCUGUCGAAUCGGUUCUACCCCUACGAGGAAAUCGAAACCGAAGCCAUUCUGACGAUCGAUGACGACAUCGUAAUGCUGACCGCCGAUGAGCUGGACUUCGGAUAUGAGGUGUGGCGCGAGUAUCCCGAUCGGAUCGUGGGAUUUCCGAGUCGGACGCACGUCUGGGAUAACCAGACUGGUCGCUGGCGGUACGAAUCAGAGUGGACGAACCAAAUCUCGAUGGUGCUGACCGGAGCCGCCUUUCAUCACAAGUACUGGAGCUACAUGUACACGAACGCUAUGCCUGGAAACAUCAAGGAGUGGGUGGACGAGCACAUGAACUGCGAGGACAUUGCGAUGAACUUUCUGGUGAGCAAUGUCACCAACAAGCCCCCGAUCAAGGUUGCACCGCGCAAAAAGUUCAAGUGCCCUGAGUGUACCAAUAACGAGAUGCUUUCGGCCGACUUGAACCACAUGACUGAGCGGUCGGCGUGCAUCAACCAGUUCGCCGAAAUUUACGGCACGAUGCCACUGCGCACUGUCGAGUUUCGAGCGGAUCCAGUAUUGUUCAAGGACAACUUCCCGGAGAAAUUGAAGCGCUUCAACGAUAUUGGUAGCCUAUAGAAGAACACUGCCCGUUAAUGUAAAUUGGAAGCACCAUCAAGAUUAUGUAGCAAGUGAUGGGUUACUAGCCUUUUCACACAAGCACGAUUAGGUUAGUCGUUGAUUUUAAUUAGGUACAUUUUUGACGUUUUACAUUUGACUCCCACAUACCUCAGACGAUGAUUUUAAUUUAGUACUUUGACGGUUUACUCUUUUACUCUUUACACAUACCUGAAUGUUUUUCUCAAACAUACCUCAGUAGUUGAUUUUAAUUUGGUACAUUUUUGGAUGUAUUGUGAUGUAUCUUUUAUAACUGUUCUUUGUCAUAUGUCGUACCUCGGUACUUUUAUCUGGUAACAUCAUCAAUCUUGGAAUUUUUAGGAUUGAUGUUUGUUUGAUACAUGAUUCGUUGCGAGCAUUCAUAGUUUUUUGGUGUUCCAAUUGUCAGUGCAAUUACGCUUGUCUAUCUAGAAUUCUUAAAUUUCAAUGAUUGACUAUGGUUUGAUACAUGUUAGUUUUUUAGUAUGUUAAUGCCACAACUGUCAGUACAACCAAUUAGUCAAAAGCAAUAAUGACUGACGAAGAGACAACAGCACUUUUUUAAAUUCAAUGCAAUACUAGUUUAGUAAAAGAUUUUAGAGUUGCUUGUCAAUGAGGUCAAUACAAUUUACGAUACCCGUAUUAGGUUUAUAGGUUGAUUUUAAUCUGUUUCACGUGCUUUUAUUAUGGUUUAUUGUAAUAAUUUCACAUAAUGCAGUCACAUCGAUAGGCGCUCCAUGAAUGUCUAUAGACUUCUGUAAUUUUAUCUGUUUCAUUAAUAGUUAUUGAUACUGUGUCGAUCAGUUGUUGUAGUAAUAAUAUCAAUGUAGUAGUAAUUAAUAGUAAUGUUCAACAAUCAUGAAUUGUUGUGUGCUUUUUUAUUUGUUAUUGUCAAAUAGUUCAGUGUAAUCGAUCGAAACGCGCUCCAUGAAUGUGUAUAGACUUAAAUGUAAUUUUAUCUGUUUCAUUAACAAUAGUCAUUGAUUCUAGGUUUGAUAGAUGAUACUUUUUUAACUUUAUUGUCACAUGUUUGGAUAUCAGUACUGCGGAUAAGAUUAACACACACAGACACACACACACACAGAUUAUUGUUUG